AUGGCACAGCCGGUGCCUCAUCAGGACAAGAAGCGCGUCAAGGUCUACGAGCUGCGCAACAAUGACUGGUUUGAUCGCGGGACAGGCUUCUGUACCGCCAAGUUUGCGACGUCCGAAGAUGGUCACAAAGAUCCAAAAGUUAUCGUAGAGUCUGAAGACCAGCCCGAACGACUUCUUCUAGAGACGACAAUUCAGAAGCAGGAUGGGUUCCAAAAGCAGCAAGGCAAGUCCGCCCCCGACUUCUCUUUCCUUCCUCUCUUUCUCUCUCUCCUCUACAUUUUCAAACCACGCUGCUGGAGCCGGUACGGAUUUGUCUACUCGUGGUUUGAAAACGCAAUUCCAGAAGCUAAUGUUGUAUCAGAUGACAACCUGUCUGAUGAUCUCGCCAUUGAAGCUGUUGCUCCCGUUAGCCUUCCCGCUGCUGAGCUGGGCAACCUCGCUGAAAUCGAAUCCAGCAUCAGGGUGAUGAGCUCUACCGCCACUGGGCGUGAAGCCAUAACCAAGUUCAUCGUGGCCGAAGACUACAUCAGCAAGCUUAUUCCGUUGGUGGAAAUCGCCGAGGACCUGGAGAGUCUCCCCGAUCUGCAUCGCUUGUGCAACAUCAUGAAGAGCAUCCUGCUCCUCAACGACACGUCCAUCAUUGAGCACGCGGUAUCCGACGAAUGCCUCCUGGGGGUGGUUGGCGCCUUAGAAUACGACCCCGACUUCCCCAGCCACAAGGCCAACCAUCGACACUGGCUCAGCAACCAAGGACAUUACAAGGAGGUUGUGCCCAUCGACGACGACGCUGUCCGCCGCAAGAUACACCAGACCUACCGACUGCAGUAUCUCAAAGAUGUCGUCUUGGCCAGGAUUCUUGAUGAUCCUACCUUUUCCGUGCUGAGCUCUCUCAUUUUCUUCAACCAAGUCGAAAUCGUACAGCACCUACAGUCGAACCCGAACUUUCUCAUGAACCUGUUUGGCAUCUUCUCCGCCCACUAUCCCGACACAAAAAAGCGCAAAGAGGCCGUUUUGUUUAUCCAGCAAUGCUGUGCAAUUGCGAAAACCAUCCAGGCUCCUGCGCGCCAGUCGCUCUACAUUAACUUUCUCAACCAUGGCCUGCUCCGCGUUAUCUACUAUGGCCUGAGACAUAUGGACGUAGCCGUGCGCGUUGGAGCGAUGGAUAUCUUGAUAUCCAUCAUCGACCAUGAUCCGAUGCUCAUCCGGCAAACCAUAUUCCGACAGCUACAUGAGGGCGGCUUGUCACUGCUCGACUCUCUUAUUGACCUUCUCCUGGUCGAGGUGGACUUGGGCGUCAAGACCCAGAUUUCAGAUGCUCUCAGGGUCAUCCUGGAUCAGGGAGGGAGUCCAGCUGCCGCCGCCAACGAACCCGCCGCCAACAACAACAACAGUGGCGGCAACGGCAAUGCCAACGGCAGCGGCAACGGCAACAAGCAGCAGGGCGGCGAGCUUGCCGCUAGGGCCAGGAUGCAGAUGGUUGUCGAUCCACAGCAUGAACACUUCCUCACCCGCUUCUACGAGUCUUCCGCCAUGAAGCUAUUUAGGCCUCUGAUUGAGCUAGACAGCCGUUCCCACCUGGACUUCACCGUUCAAGAAGCUGCCAUGUUCGCCUGCUUAGUGGAAGUACUGGGCUUUUUUAUCCGCCAGCAUCAUCGAUUCAGCAGAUACUUCUUCAUUGUGCACAACCUUGCAGCGCGAAUUGUCCAGCUACUCAAGUGUCGGGACAAGUACUUGCAACUGGUUUCGAUUCGAUGCUUUCGACUGAUCCUCGGCCUCCAGGAGGAGCUGUAUGUCAAGAAUCUGAUCGAAAACGAUGUCUUGGGACCCAUCCUCGAAGUCCUGGUCGAGACUGUGCCGCGGGAUAACCUCGUCAGCGCCGCUUGCACCGAGCUCUUCGACUUUGUCAAGAAGGACUACCUCAGAGACAUGGUCAAGCAACUAGUCGAAGACCACCGGGAUAACUUGCUUCUCGUUAGCCAUAUACCGCCUUGUCAAGACCUAAUCACGCGAUAUGACCAGACUGAAGGCUAUACGACGAACAUGGAGUUCUUCCUCGAUGCGGACGAUGAUGUGACGAAGAGGCCAACCAAUGUCCGCAUGAUGGACCAACUCCCGGCCGAUCUCCGGGAAGAGGAGUACUGGGACGCACCCGAUCUUGACGACGAAGGAGAAGAACAAGGCUCAGGGGAUAGAUCAUCAGAGAGCGGCAGCUCGUCUUCCACAAAACCGCUGGUCGACUAUGCAUCAGACGAGGAAGACGACGAGGAUGGUUUGGACAAUGACAGCGACGACCAUGACUCGAAGGACCACAGCGAGGGCGAGGAUGCUGCCGCUUCAAGUCCGCGAUCGAGCAUGUCGGCUAACGUGCCGCCGCCUGAGCGCCUGUCUGAAAAGCGCCGACGAGAGGAAGAUGAGGAUGAGGAUGAUGAGCUGGGGAAGCUAAUGCAGAGCAAACGGCGUAACAGCAGCUCUACAGAGUCCAACUCGUCAAUCACACAGGGCCUCACCCGGAGACGCAAGAGCUUCGCCAAUGGCGGCGGUAACGUGGCGCCCAGGAAGAUUGCAAUUAGUCUGUCACCGGCUCUGAGGUCAGGCGGCCCCUCACGGUCCGACGACGACUCUUGAUUGCGCGGGAUACUUAUUUUGACCUCUGCUUGGUACCUCCUCCUGUCUGGACGAUCGGUGUACGCCACUCCAUACCCUACCCUUACUUUCUCUUUUUCUGUGUUCCCGUUUUACUUGCAUCCAUAAUUCUUUCUUGGCCAUGACGAUCUGUAAAUGGCAGACGGGGUACUCUGUGUCCAAAGGGUUGGUCCUCGAGCAAUGAGGAGGGGGGUGGCGGGUUAGGCAAUAGGCGGCGUUAUGUUUUGUUUCGUGCUCCCGUUUAUUUCUUGUCUGGUCAUUGGCCAACAAACUCUUUGCUUUUGCUUUUGUUGGCUUCGGGAUGAUGAGGAGAUUCACAGGAGCCGUUGGCGGCAACGGCAACCGCUUCCAGGUAUAGAAUUGGUCCGUGAUAAGAGGAUUCAAAGUGUAAAGACAAUGUGGAAGGUAUCUCACAUGUGGCUAAGUCCCGGAGACAAAGCUCGGACCCGAGGACUUAAAGUAGCAAUGCUAGUGGAAGUAGAGGAGACGGGAGUCGAAAGGUUC